CAAGUCCAGAGCAGCUUCACCACGCGGCUCACAUGCUUUUGGUUCUGCACAGCUCGCAGAUCCAGGUGGGUCGGUUUCUCGAGGUGCUCACGCAGAUGUUGGAUGAGGCAAGCCAGACGGCCGGCGAUGAAGAGCAGAACGGCGCGUAUCUGCGGGUUUUCCACUUUUUCACGCAGAUGUUCCGGAAACUCUUAGCGGAACAACAGCAGAGCACAAGUUCGAAUUCCUUCAAUUUUGAUACAACUACUCCUACUCGUCCUUCCGCUGCAGUGGUUGAAGCUGGUGUUCCUCUUCCUGCUUUGUCGGUGUCCGCAACUACUUCCGCCUCAUCCGGCGACGAUCUGGAGUUUUUGAAAGCUAGGCCCUUGUCAACCGUUUCGGCAGCUGGUGCACGAACAGGCCGCGGCGUUCCUGCUGGAGUAGUUCUUUCAGCAUCUACUUCGGAGGGUGGAAUGAACAAGGGCAAAUCUUCCAACCCACAAGCACCAGAGUCGUGGUCUUCCCCAACUGCCGACGAUAACGAGACUUGUUCGGAGAAAAUUAAAGCAGCGGGGUCGACGACGUCGUUGCAACAGUUCCGGCAACAGUUGCUGACGACAACGCAUCUGCUUUCCGCGACGGUGCUGCGACUGUUUCCAAAACCCGCAUUGAACUGCUUGUGGCUGAGUUUGGGAGCGGAGGAGGGGCCGUAUGUUGUGCAGAGUUCUUCUUGUGCUGGCAAUGGCACAUCUUCUGGCUCCAGUGUCGUUACCAAGAUCUCUAGUAAAAACCGGGACCACGACGGAACGCGAGGAAAUACCAGAACAACUCCUGCAGUUUCUAAGGCCCCCGUCAAUCCUUCAUCAUCAUCUCCCGCACCCGCUUCCUCACUUGCCGACGAGGCCUUGCGCCUCCUCUUGCAAAUCGCCACAACAGAAACAAACAUGACGACCGAUCGAGGACCUCGAGGAGCUGCUACAACACACGACGAGGAAAGAACAAGUCCCGCGAUAAUAUCCUUCGAAACUUCUACAUCAACUGAUGAGACGAAAAGCACAACGACCAGCAAGUUCUUGUCAAUCUGGCCCGACAGUGGGUUCGCUUGUCUUUUCGACGCCCAGCUCGCGAACGCAGGGCGAUUCCAAGAUUUUCGCGACUUUUUGAAGCAGAUACCGGAAGGGGGAACGGUGGUUGUGAAGGAGUUCCUGAUGAAAGAGCUGGAAAAGGCGACCGAACAUUGUCGG